AUGGCCCCCGCUCCGCCCCCCGCCGCCUCCUUCUCCCCCGCGGAGGUCCAGCGGCGCCUGGCGGCCGGUGCCUGCUGGGUCCGCCGCGGCGCCCGUCUCUACGACCUCACCGACUUCGUGCGGCACCAUCCAGGGGGCGAGCAGCUUCUGAGGGCUCGGGCUGGCCAGGACAUUACCGCCGACCUGGACGGACCACCGCACAGACACUCGGACAACGCGCGCCGCUGGCUGGAGCAGUACUACGUGGGCGACUUGCAAGGGGACCCGCAGGGCUCCAUAGAGAAUGGGGUUGUAGCCUCUGCGGAAACUCAGAAGACGGACCCUGCCAUGGAACGGCGGUUCAAAGCAGUGGAUUGGGACAAGGACCUGGUGGACUGGAAGAAGCCUCUUCUGUGGCAGGUGGGCCACUUGGGAGAGAAGUACGAUGAGUGGGUGCACCAGCCAGUGGCCAGGCCCAUCCGCCUCUUCCACUCAGACCUCAUUGAGGCCCUCUCCAAGACUGUGUGGUACAGCGUUCCCAUCGUCUGGGUGCCUCUGAUGUUGUACCUCAGCUGGUCCUACUACCGAACCCUUGCCCAGGGCAAUGUCAGGCUCUUCGCUUCCUUCACAACAGAGUACUCAGUGGCAGUGCCCAAGUCCGUGUUCCCCGGGCUCUUCAUGCUGGGGAUGUUCCUUUGGAGCCUCAUCGAGUACCUCAUCCACCGCUUCCUGUUCCACAUGAAGCCCCCCAGUGACAGCUAUUACCUCAUCACGCUGCAUUUUGUCAUGCACGGCCAGCACCACAAGUCACCCUUCGACGGCUCCCGCCUGGUCUUCCCUCCUGUGCCAGCCUCUCUGGUGGUUGCCUUCUUCUACAUACUCCUGAGACUCAGCCUGCCUGAAGCAGUGGGGGGCACUAUGUUUGCUGGUGGCCUCCUGGGCUAUGUCCUCUAUGACAUGACCCAUUACUACCUACACUUCGGCUCGCCACACAAGGGCUCCUACCUGUACAGCCUGAAGGCCCACCACGUCAAGCAUCACUUUGAACACCAGAAAUCAGGAUUUGGCAUCAGUACUAAGUUGUGGGAUUACUUUUUCCACACCCUCAUCCCGGAGGAACCCCACCCGAAGAUGCAGUGA